UACAAGAAACAAAGCAAACAGCAAGCAACAGUCGGUGCUGAAAACCCGAAAACCCCAAGUUCACUUUGACCUAGUGGCCGUUAGGCGUCUCUCAGUUGCCUCCCACCGGCAGAUCAAGGGUGGGUGGGCGGGAAGUAGGCACUUCAGCCAUAAUAGCAAAAACACGGCAGAACAGUACUGUAAGAUAGAAAGAGACAAACGGCAGAUGCUGCUACCAGCAGCAGCUGCGCUACUUAGAGGCGCAAUAGCGCCUCGUACGGCACUCCGUGCCAUACCACUUAAUCGUCGUGAGAACCUGCCUUCUCCGACGCUCAUACUUCGCUCCGGAGAAGUCAACAUAUUCUUCUCAUGCGAUUGCCUGCCCGCGCGCACCGUGUGCAUCAACGAUGUGCAGGCCCGCCUGAGGUGUCCCUUACUCCGGACUUCUACUGCCUAUCCCGCCCGAGCGGCCCCGGCGGUGCACCGCUGCCUAUGCCCGUGCCCGGUCUGCUACUGCCGCCUGGCGACUCGGCUGGCGGCAGUAGCAACCCGCUGUCGGUGCGCUCGGAGCUCGAGUGCGCGGCCGCCUGCAUGGUUGCACAACGGUGCGUCUUCUUUUCCUAUCUGCCUGGCUACCCCAGCAGCACUGGCAGCAGCAGUAGCGGCAACCUCAUCAAUGCGUGUUUCCUGCUGCAAGAGCCCUGGUCCACAGCCGCCGGUGCCACCGUCCCGCAGCGUCCUGACAGCAGCAGCUCCAGCAGCGGCAGUAGCACCAGCGGCAGCAAUGCGUACAGCUACACCACCGCUGACCGCGUGUGUUUCCGCAGCGGGGCAGCCUUCAUGGGUGACGUCAUCACCGUUGCCGACAUCGCAGCCGUCGCGGCGUCCGCAUCAAACGCCAGCAGCUCCAGCAACAGCAGCACGGAUGCUGCAGCUUCAGGCACGGGCAGCAGCUCAACUGCUGCCGGCGCCUCGCUAGCGCCAGUCACCGCGACUAGUCCCAUGUUCGGUUUCCCUGCGCCCACGCCCGUCCCAGGGCUUGACCCUCCCGCGCCGCGCGCCGCGCCGUGGCGACUGAGCCCGGGAGUGCCGCCGCAGGAGAGCGGUUACGGCGGUUACGGUGGCGGUGGCGUGUACGGCAGUUAUGGCGGUUACGGCGGCUACGGUGGCACCACCGUGACAGAGUACGGCGAGCAGCAUCUGGCCUUCUCUCUCCGCUGCGCGCUCGACUCGGCUCUCCCGGCCCUGUCAAGUGUGUCGCUUGUUCUGGAUGCCGCCGGAUACAUUGCAGACGUCGGCACGUCUUGCGGCGGCGGCAUUGCCAGCGGCAGUGGCGGCGGCAGCAGCAGCGUGAGCAGCAACAGCACUACUGUGGACGACUUGGAGCCUGCCCCCUCCACCGACAUGCUGAAAUCGGCAGAGCAGCGGGCUGUGCUGCCGCCGCUGCCGGCCGUCACCGCAUCUACCUACCGAGAGUCGUGCGGCCCGUUGGGGGCUGUGGUGGGAAUUAGCGGUACCUUUGACGCCGCCGGCAUCUGCACGGCUGUGCUCUCCUGCGCGAGUGGUGCAACGAUCCCGCUUCUGCCGUCGUCAUCCGCUGGUGAUGGGAGCAGUGCUGACGCGGCGGCUGGCGACGGCCGCAACCUGCCGCGUCCCUGCGCUGCCGUGGGCGGCGCCUUCGCCUUCUCCUGCCCGUCCGGCAUGGUCGCUUACGGCCUCCAGGGGACCUUCGCAUCUGCCUACGGUGCCAGCUCCGCCGUCAGCCUUGCGACUCUGCAGCUGCUGUGCGCGACCGCUCCGGCGCUGCCAACGGCGCAGCAGGCGGCGCCGCCGGCGGCGGCGCUGCCGCCGCGCCCGCCCGUGCCGCUGCCUGCUCUUCCGCUGCCAGCCCCAGCCGGUGGCAAUGGCUCCGCCUCCUCAGGCCGCCGCCACUCUGGGAAAAGGUCUUCCCCGGAAAAAAAAUCCGUUCCCGGAAAAAUGCUGAACUUUCCCUGAGUCCUAGCCAAGCCUCAACC